AUGGUUGGGGAGUCUAAACCUACCAAGCGCGCAACACUUGAAGAUCUUAAUGGAGUCCCUUUUCACAGUGAAAUGGUCAAUGGCUGGGGUCCUAUCUGGAACUUCAAAGCUCAAUCUGAUGACCUUCUCAUCUGCACUUACCCCAAAGCAGGAACCACCUGGAUACAGGAAAUUGUGGACAUGAUCCAGCAUGGAGGGGAUCUGCAGAAGUGUGCUCGGGCCCCCAUUUAUGAACGAAUACCCUUCAUAGAGAUAUUGUCACCCUUUGUUCCAGGUGUUGAGAAAGCCAAUGCAAUGGCUUCUCCACGCACCCUCAAAUCUCACCUCCCAGUCCAGCUCUUGCCUCCUUCUUUCUGGGAACAAAAGUCCAAGAUUAUUUAUGUGGCUAGGAAUCCUAAGGACAAUGUUGUCUCUUAUUUCCACUUCCACCUGAUGAACAAGACGAAGCCAGAGCCUGGAAACUGGGAAGAGUUUCUGGAGACUUUCAUGGCUGGGAAAGGUGAACAGACACCAAAUAUGGAAAGUGUGGGCUUAGUGUGGGUUGAAUCCAAGGACUGCGUCAUGCGAUCCCUGGGCCCAAUCAACACAGCCCUCUCUUGGUUUUCUGGUCUCCAGGAGCCUGGAAAAUCAAGAGGACGGCUUAAAAACCAAAUUCCUUUUCUGUUAUUUUGUCUUAUAGUUUCCUGCGGUUCAUGGUUUGACCAUGUUCGUGGCUGGUGGGAAGCCAAAGACCGACAUCCAGUUCUCUAUCUCUUUUAUGAAGAUGUAAAAGAGAACCCAGGUCGGGAAAUCCGGAAAGUUGCAGAGUUCCUAGAUAUACAGCUCCCAGAAUCAGUUCUGAAUCAAAUUGUUCUGCACACAAAAUUUGAGCGCAUGAAAGUAAAUCCAAUGACUAAUUACACCACAUUGCCUUCCAGCUUGCUAGAUCAUAGCAUAUCCCCCUUCAUGAGAAAAGGCACUGUGGGAAACUGGAAGGAACACUUCACUGUGGCUCAAAGUGAGCGGAUGGAUGACCUCUGUGCCCAGUUGUUAAAAGGCAGUGGCCUGAGCUUCCGCACAGAGCUGUAGCAUAGUUACGUGCAUAAAACAAGCACCUGUAUAAGCCUGGAUUGCUAAUUCUAUUGCAUUUAAGUAAUCAAGAAACUCUAAAAGAAAGAACCAGCAAAACUGAAUUUUGUGUACAUGGAUAUUUUCCAAUUCCAUUUAUUCUGCAUUUUUCCUUUGCCCUUAUUUUUCCAUAUUUCCUAUUGGUCUGCAAUAAUUGAGCACUCUUCACUUAAAUAAAUAAA